AUGGCACGGAGAUCUUUUGCCCUUGUUCUAUACACUCUCUGUCUUAUUUUGCUUACGGCUUUCCUAUUGCCUUGCUUUGUUUUCCAAAAUGGUGCUCGAGACGAGCAUUUCUUCCCAUUCAAGCUUCCGAACGGGCGACAAUAUGACGAAGCAGCCGUGCAGGGUGACUACUUGGUGGGGGUUGGGAGGGCGGACAUUACUGGGCCGGUUGUUGAAAUCAAUCUGAUGGGAUACGCUGAUACGGAUCAAGUGGGAACCGGCUUGAGGCAGCGGAUCUACUGCAGAGCCUUCAUUGUCGGAAGCCUGUCGCACAACUCCUCUCGAAUCGUAUACCUUAUCCUUGAUACUCAAUCCGGAGACACGGCUAUUCGGCAUGGCAUCCUGGAAGAGCUCAAGAAGUUGGGUCCCGAAUAUGACAUGUACAACAAGAACACGGUCGCCGUGACGGGGACACAUAGCCACAGCGGACCUGGAGCAUGGUUAAACUAUCUCUUGCCACAAAUCACGAGUAGAGGAUUCAGCAAGGAGAGCUAUGAGGCUAUUGUCAAUGGCUCUAUACUUGCAAUACAACGGGCACAUUCCAGCCUUGUGCCAGGUUAUCUCAGCUUCGGACGUCAAAAGAUCUCAAAUGCAAAUAUCAAUCGCAGCCCGUACGCCUAUCUACAAAACCCGAAGACGGAGCGACAUCGGUACACUGAAGAUGUAGACAAACAUCUGAGUCUCUUAAAAUUCGAGACAGCUGAUGGUCACCCUCUGGGUAUCUUGUCUUGGUUUCCGGUUCAUGGGACUUCGCUCUAUCAGAACAAUACUCUCGUUACUGGCGACAACAAGGGCGUUGCAGCAUAUCUACUCGAGGAGUAUAUGAAAGAAAAGAAUCCAAACUUUACAGCGGGCUUUUCUCAAGCAAAUGUUGGCGACACAUCUCCGAAUAUUCUCGGGGCAUUCUGUGAAGACACUGGCCUUCAAUGUUCUUUCAACGACAGUACUUGCGGCGGCCGCACUCAACCUUGUCAUGGCCGUGGACCAAUGUUUAGAUCCGUGGACCAAGGAACAAAAUCCUGCUUCGAGAUUGGGAGCCGUCAGAUGGCAGCAGCCCGAGACAUCCUAGAUAGCGACAACCUAGAACGAAUACCAGCAUCAACAGUAUCCUUCUUCCAUACAUAUGUCAAUUUCUCGUCGUUCUCCUUUACAUCACCCUACAACCGGUCUCAACACCUGAGGACCUGUUCUGCGGCACUAGGGUACGGCUUUGCAGGUGGAACGACGGACGGUCCCGGAGCAUUCGACUUCUCUCAGGGGACGAAUGACACUGACGAUUCUCCAUCACUCAAAAAUCCUCUCUGGAAACUGGCACGGGAUUUCGUUCACAACCCAACAGAUGAGCAGGUUACUUGUCAGAAGCCAAAGCCCAUCCUGCUCGACGUAGGAGAAGCCGACGAUCCUUACGCAUGGUCUCCAAACAUUGUUGACAUUCAACUCCUGCGGAUAGGCCCACUCAUAAUCAUCGUUUCGCCGGGUGAGGCUACCACAAUGGCAGGACGCCGCUGGCGUGAUGCGCUGGCAGCCGCUGCUCCAUCCGUCCUGAGCGUUGACGAACCAAAAGUCGUGCUCGGUGGCCCUGCCAAUACCUACGCACAUUACAUUACAACGGAAGAGGAAUACGCCGUACAACGUUACGAAGGUGCCAGCACUCUCUACGGAAAACAUACUCUGGAAGCCUAUAUCAAUCUCACACUCACCUACCUCCCUUAUCUGGGUUCAGAAGAUGAACGGUCUCACCUUGACCGACUUCCUCCGGGUCCCAGUCCUCCCAUCAACGUCAAUAGCUCGUGGUCAUUCAUCACACCAGUAGUCGUUGACAACGCUGGUCUGCUUCGAAAAUUUGGCGCCACUUUGUCAUCUCCUGAUCCAUCUCAAUCAUUCACACCAGGUUCAAUCGUCAAAGCACGAUUCGUCGGGGCGAACCCGCGCAAUAAUUUCCGCCUCGAAGGCACAUUUGCGGCCGUGGAAAAGUUUGAUUCUUCAGCUGGUCGUUGGGUUGAAGUCCGUUCCGACCGUGACUGGUUUCUGGUGUAUCGAUGGGAGAGAAUCAGCACCACCCUCGGGACCAGUGAGGUCCAUAUAGAAUGGGAGAUAGAACCAGGCACCGAGACUGGCAUGUACCGAUUAAAAUACUAUGGCGAUCGAAGAUCUCUAGCGGGCGAAAUCACCGCGUUUGAAGGGACAAGCGGUGUCUUCAAUGUCGCAGGCGACAGCACAAAGACUAUGUUUUGGGAUGAGCUCGUCCGCUUCUGA